CGUUUAAUUUAAUUACCUUCAACGUGCAAACGGAACUGUUUCAUAUCCAUACACGAGAAACAUGACAGAGAUAAAUUCAGACAAACGACCGGUCCAAGCCUUGGCUCCUGUUCCGAUGUCAACGCCAGGCGCUCUCUCUCGCCAGAGCGGAAGUGAAACUGUGGAGUUCAGUGUCAAAGGGCCAGUAGCCGUGAGCUUGGACGAGGAUGAAGCUACCAGUCCUGGGUGUUCCGUGCUUGAUCUUCAGUUCUCCACACCAUCCGAAGUGGGAGAAUUGGUGUUCCGCAAUUACUAUACUGCAUGGUUAACUGUGCUGGCCCGUUUUGAUUCCGCUAAUAGUCUUGCACAGACACAAGGACACAGGAGCACAAGUCAUAAUGCUGGUACAGAGCAUGGAAAGCUAUUUGUGCCUACAAGUAAGGGAAAUACAGGCAGUAUGAAAUUGGCAGAACAGGUGGGAGGCUGGGUUGUGGCAGUUCCUCGCAGAGUUCUUAUGCCCAGUCCUCACCUCGAGAAUGGCAGCCAUGACUUCAUCUCCAUUUCAGCCACAGAGAGCUUUCAUUAUUAUGCUUCAAUAUUUACCACAUUGGGAGAUAAGACCAUCUCAUUCAUUGUCAUCUCCUGA